UGAUUGAAGCUUAAUCACAUUAUGAUAGAAAGUAACCAACAUUUAAUGCCUCGGAACAUUGUGAUAGAAAGUAAUCCACAUUUAAUGCCUCGGAAUAUUAGAUGAUUCACUUAAAUUGCUUGUGAUUGGAGCGUUGGAUUUUUUUUGGCCGAAAUGUCUUGGCCAAGAGAAGCACAUCUUAAUGUAGCAAGGAGUGUACUAAUAAAUAUCCGAAUCACUAUCAAGAGAGAAAAAAUUGUUUACAAUCCUCUACAGCGAUUAUCUUCUUAGAAAAUUAUCGGGAUAAUUGUCAUUAUCAGUACUUCAAUUAACCUUUUCAAACGUUGUAACUACUUGAUUGUGUCUCAAGUAGUUGGACACCGUAUUCACUGAGUAAAAGAUAAGCCAAGCGGCACCACUAUUGAGCCUUAUUUUUUAUAAAUAAUGUGUCUCAACUUAAGUAAAGACGUUAAUUACAAGUUUAUUUCGAAGCGAUUGGACGUGUUUUAUUUUUAAGAAAGAAUUCUUUAACUUUGUUAUCCUUCAAUUCAAACAAUUCGUAAAAAAGUCCUUCAAAUAUAUAAAGGACUAAAGUUAAUCAAAGUCGUAGAAGCAAUGCCACCCAACUCGAAAGAAAGCACGGACAAGUGCACUGGACUAGCGUCCGAAGUGCCCGGAACUGUGGAUGAUGGAUCAUCCAAGCAAACGGGAGUUCUCUUCGAGGCCGAUGUGGAGACAAAUGAUGGUGACUUGGCCGUGUCCACCGUCGAAUUCAAGCGAGCCGAGAAGAGGAAACUGGAACUGGUCUGGCGAAACAUCAUUUUAUUCGCGUAUGUCCAUCUGGCUGCUCUAUAUGGCGGAUACUUGAUGUUCACCCAGGCAAAGUUGGCCACUACAAUUUUCGCGGCUGGCCUCUACAUAUGCGGAAUGCUUGGGAUUACUGGCGGUGCCCACCGACUCUGGGCGCACCGAUCCUACAAGGCCAAGUGGCCUUUGCGCCUCAUCCUGAUCGUUUUCAAUACGAUAGCCUUCCAGGAUGCCGCCUACCACUGGGCCCGAGAUCAUCGGGUUCAUCACAAAUUUUCGGAGACGGACGCGGAUCCGCACAACGCCACCAGAGGCUUCUUUUUUUCGCAUGUGGGUUGGCUUCUCACCAAAAAACAUCCGGACGUAAAGGCCAAGGGAAAGAUUCUUGAUCUGUCCGAUCUGCAUGCCGAUCCCAUCCUAAUGUUCCAAAAAAAACACUAUUUUGUUUUAAUGCCGCUGGCCUGCUUUAUCCUUCCAACCAUUAUCCCGGUGCUCUGCUGGAAUGAGUCCUUGACUUGUGGGUGGCUAGUGGCCACCAUGUUCCGAUGGUGCUUCCAACUGAACAUGACGUGGUUGGUGAACAGCGCAGCUCACAAAUUCGGCGGUCGUCCUUAUGACAAGAACAUGAAUCCCUCGGAAAACGCCUAUGUUGCGACAAUGACCUUCGGGGAGGGCUGGCACAACUACCAUCAUGUCUUUCCCUGGGACUACAAGACAUCCGAGUGGGGCAACCGCCUGAACAUGACGGCCAGAUUCAUAGAUCUUUUCGCCAAGAUCGGCUGGGCUUAUGAUCUCAAGUCGGUGGCUCCGGACACAGUCAAGAGGCGGGUAUGGCGGACUGGCGAUGGCAGCCACGAGCUGUGGGGCUGGGGUGACAAGGAUCUCACGCCGGAAGAUGCCAAGGAUGUGCUUUUUGUGGACAAGAUGAACUAGUGAAGCUUCUGAUCUCUAGAACUAUAAGGAACAUGGUGUGAUUACUUAUUUUUUUAUAUUAUAUAUAAAUAUUAUUAAAUAUUAAAUAUAUACAAACUAAAACUAAU